AUGGACCCUCCGGACGUGAAGACCAAGCACUUUCCUACUACGCCAAGGAGUAUUGUUAGAAAAUUUUGUUUAAAAAAAUUUUCUGACAAAAUAAAAAUAAUUUACCCUGAGUGGGAAUCGAACCAUGGACCCCCUCUAGACGUGAAGAGCAAACACUUUCCCACUACACCAAUAAUACACAUUUAUUUUCUAGACAAUGUUGAAGCAAUUAUUUUUAUUACUGCAAUAAGCGAAUACGAUCAAGUACUUUUUGAAGACGAAACUACGAAUCGAAUGAUCGAAUCGAUGCAAUUAUUUUCCUCAAUUUGUAAUAGUUCGUGGUUUUUAAAUACUGCAAUGAUUCUGUUUUUAAACAAAAAAGAUCUUUUUCUGGAGAAAAUACAAAGAGUUAAUAUUACAACUUGUUUUCCGGAUUAUGAAGGCUCCCAAAACUACGAAGAAGCAGUCAAUUUUAUUAAAAUGAAAUUUGCAGAAUUAAAUCAACACCCAGACAAAAAAACUAUUUAUAUGCACGAAACAUGUGCAACAGACACCAACCAAGUACAACUUGUAAUUAGCUCGGUAAUUGACACAAUAAUUCAGAAAAAUUUACAAAAGGCGGGGAUGAUGUAAAAUACUUGACAUUUUGUAUUUUUGACCAUUUUGUAAUUUUUUGACAAAAUGACAUUCCAAAAUUUUUUUCGAUUUUUAAUUAUUUUUGUGCAUUUUCUUCACUCAUUUUUUGUAUUUUCAUUGAAUAUUUUAAUUUUAUAAAUAAAAUAUUUUUCAAGAACAUUUUCUGACCUAGUAAAAAUAAUUUGACAGGCGUGGGACUCGAACCAUGGACCCCCUGAACAUAAAAACCAAACACUUUCCCACUACACCAAAGAAAAAA